CAACAACUCAGCCGCAAUCUCUAAUACUAGUGGUGGUUUCAUUCAAUUCGCCACAGGCACCAUUUCCGCCUUCAUCAGUCAAAUUCGCGCAAGCUUUUUUUUUUUUAGAAUAGUCUGGAAACCUGGUCAACUGUAACAACAGUAAUGCACUUCCUAAGCAAGAGGGGGACGACCACAAGUGCUUAAAUGGGGUAUCAGCAACAGCACAAACAUGAGGAUUUUACCCUUUCGCGGCGGCUUAGCUACAAAUGCAACCUUCAAACAACAAGUGCGAAGAGCACCGAAGUCCAGCAAAAGUCCGGUCUCACCGAAACCCCGGAUGAACUGGCAGACCUUCGAUCCCACGGAAGGCGCUACAAAUCCUAAACGAGACCAGCGUCUUAAAACUCUGGCGAAAACGCUAGAAUCAGCGAGACGAAAACUCGAAACCGCAACACCGGAAAGCCUUGAACUGGACACACAUAGGCUGGCCCUAGUUGAAAACCGGGCUCGGUUCGCAGAGUGGUACGAACCUUUUGAACGGGUAUACGAAGAUCUCUCACGACUCUACGAAGUCCUAGCAAAGUGUCCGUUUCCGGGUUUGCGUCAAGCUAGGGCACGGAUCCGACCUGGAACGGAGCUGAGCCGCGAUAUCCUACAUCUCAAGAUGAAUCUCUACCCGAUCUUGGAAGGCCUUCAAUCCGAAAAAUAUCGCGCAUACUUGAAAAUACGAAAUGACGCAACGCCUCUCUUUUCCCUCGCAAUUGAGAGUUCGGAAUUCACAGAGCAAGCAGUUCGAGAUCUUAUCACUCAGUCACCUAACGAAAACACUCUUAGAGACAUCUUCUCAAACUAUCCAUCUUUUACAAUCCCUUCCAAAGGGAUUGCACGCAAACUGUUUGUGGCCGAAGGAAAGUUCGACAGAGCGUUGCAGACAUCACUGAGAAAGCUGUCUCGAGAUACACAUCCAGUGCAAACAGCAUGGUCAAUUAAGCACCGCAUGCAAUCAUUGACAGAGUCUGCUUCAAAUAAAGUGGAUUCAGAGUCUAAGCAAGUCAGCUCUAGUCAAAUCGCGCUGUGGGUCCAGGAACUGCAAGAACUCGAACGCCGUAAGGAGCUCCAACGCCCCAAACAUCCUCCAGGAUUGAUACGGCGUAUUUCAAACCGUGAAAGAGACCAGCAGGAGGCUCUUCGGGUGAGAAUAUCUCGACUUGAGCAACUUCUCGAAGAGCUGAAAGGCAAGAUGAUUGACGGCCCCUCGCUUCGUUCUUCUCUGCCAGCGAAAGUUGGAGCGAACGAGGUCGAUAAGUCGCUUCGUAAACCUAAGCGGAAGCGCCCUCGAAAAAUAGGGUUGACUCCCUCUCUAAGACCUCCAAGACCUCGCCUUAUUGCUACAAAAUCUCACAAACAGGAGAGCGAACAUUUGGACUCUGGAGACUCUGAAAAGUCCAACCAGUCUGAACCCAGUUUUAUACCCGGUUUUCCUCACUUCCACCUCCGGUAGUGUUGUUAUGGUCUCGGACUGUUAGAAGCGCCGGCCUCUCUAGUGUCAGUUGGUUAAACAAAUCUGCUGGCCUGGUGUAUAUUCUGUACCCUAAAUUUGUUACUCGAAGCGUGAGGUCGAUUCAUUCGAUGUUGAAAUAAAU